AUGGUGCUUUCGUUGUUGGAGAUAAGCUUGAAAACGGCCUCCUUAUACAUGAAACAACCCGGGGUAAUCUCGGGUGUUCCGUUCGCCAACGAAGUUUUCAAGCAGUGCGAGCUCAAAGUGGACUGGCACUUCCUUGAAGGCAAGUUUAUCUCUGCUGAACUCUUGGCUCAGAACAAGGGUAAGGUUGUUGUUGCCACAGUGACAGGCCCAGCUAAUAAGAUCUUGCUCAGUGAAAGAACAGCUUUGAACUUGUUGGCUCGCUCAUCUGGUAUUGCAACACAAUCACGCAUCACUAAGGAAUUGGCUGACAAAAGUGGAUACACCGGUAUUAUUGCUGGUACACGGAAAACUACUCCAGGACUUAGACAGCUCGAGAAAUACUCGAUGUUGGUCGGUGGAGUGGAUGCGCAUAGGUACGAUUUGAGCAGCAUGGUCAUGCUUAAGGACAAUCACAUCAUGUCCACUGGUAGCAUUCGUGACGCGGUUGCAAGUGCACGAAAAGUAUGUGGCUUUGCUGUUAAAGUAGAAGUUGAAGUCAGUACUGAGGAGGAUGCAAAAGAGGCGAUCGAUGCUGGUGCUGAUGUGGUUAUGUUGGAUAACUUCAGUGGAAACGAGUUGCGCAAGGUAGCUCAAAGUUUGAAGAACCACUACAAAGGAAGCAAUAAAAGCUUUUUGUUGGAGUGCUCCGGUGGGUUAACUUUGCAGAACUUAUCUUCGUACUUGUGCAAUGACAUUGACAUCUACUCUACGUCGUCGAUCCAUCAAGGGUGCAGCAUUGUGGAUUUCUCUUUGAAAAUCGACGAGAAAAAGUGA